AAUGUAUGUAAAUAAUGCCCUCCUCUCAGAUUAGGCGCUCGGUUUGUUUAGUUGGUGAUUUUUUUCGACCUUUGUUUGUUGUGAUACGUACCAUAUGGGUCUGAGCUUAGAAGGCAAGAUAGGGCACUAUAUGAAGAUGGCUUUGCAGACGGCUGAUGCUACACCUGUCAGGUAUGGGCCCACGAGGUGGGAAAGGGCGGAGGAAAUGGAAGAUAACUUGCCGAAAGAUCCACGACAAUGGUCUCGAGAACACGUUGCCCGAUGGCUUCACUUAGUUACUCAACAGCACGGAUUACCUGAAGUUCCAUCUUCCCGAUUUCUUAUGAACGGAAAGGCUUUGUGUUUGAUGUCACUUGAAAUGUUUUUGAGUAGAGUGCCGUUAGGAGGAAAACUUUUGUACAAAGACUUUCAAUUGAGGCUGUGUGCGGCUCUUUACGGCGUCAACCACUGAACACGAAUUGGAAUUUUUCAGUAUUAUUAUUUUCCGAUUAAUUAGAGAGUAAAGCUUUAUGGCUUUUGGCAGCAGGGCCGUGCGAUUUGUGAAGAUGCAUAUUUCAAGUAUUAUGUUAAUAUUUAGGUGUUUAUCCUAGUCAUGUAAAUAAAUGUUUGAUAUUUGAAA